UUGAAAAACUAAUAAAUGACCAUAGUAAUUUUUUUUCUAUAUGAAUGGUAUAUAGGAAAAAAAAAGUCAGUUGCAAUUAUUGGAGCUGGGGGAGCUGGUUUGCCAGCUAUUAAAUAUUUUUCUGAAGAUCCAUCUUAUGAAUGUGUUGCCUUUGAACAAAACAGUUCAGUUGGUGGAUUAUGGGUGUAUACCGAACAAACCGAUACUAAUGAUUACGGUAUCCCUGUUCAUUCUGCAAUGUACAAGAGCCUAAGAACAAAUUUACCAAAACAAGUUAUGGAAUAUCCAGGGUUUCAUUAUAAAAACGAUGAUGAUUCAUACUCGGAUGGUGAUAUUGUGCAUCAAUAUUUGGAAGAUUACGCAGUACAUUAUGGAUUAAAAAAAUUCAUUAAAUUUAAUCAUCAUACUAAAGAGGUCCGUCCUUUGGAAGGUGGCCGUUGGCGAGUUACAGUCUUGAAUUUGGAAACAAAAGUUGAAGAAAUUAUGGAUUUUGAUCAAAUACUAGUUUGUACCGGUAAUUUUUGUCAUCCACAAAUACCAAAUUUUGAAGGCUUGGAAAAUUUUAAGGGUAUAAAAAUACAUAGUUUUAAAUAUAGAAAACCCUCUAUAUUUAAAGAUAAAAAAGCAGUUGUUGUUGGUUGUGGAUCUUCUGGUCUGGAUAUUGCAUUUGAACUUUCUAGUGUAGCCUCAAAAGUAUAUUUUAGUCACCAUAAUGAUGGAUUAAACAGAUAUCUUGCAGAUAAAACACCUCCAAACCUCUUAUUAAAAGGUGAUAUAAAAAAAAUUGUAGAAGAUGGUGUGUAUUUUGUUGAUGGUUCAUUUGAAACGGCCGAUGUUAUAAUAUUUUGCACAGGUUACAAAUUCAAUUAUCCAUUUUUAACUCCGGAGUGUGGUAUUCAUGUAGAAAAUAAUCACAUUCAGCCAUUGUUUAAGCAUAUAGUCAACAUUGAGCAUCCAACAAUGUGCUUAUUGGGAAUUCCUAUAAAAACAGCUCCAUUUCCAUUGUAUGACUUGCAGGCACGAUUUGCUAAAAAAGUUUUAUCUGGUGCUAAAACUCUUCCCAGUAAAGAAGAUAUGCUAGAAGAUACUCGUAAAGAUGUUGAAGCAAGAUUAGCUAGUGGUGCUCGUCAAAAUGAUCUACACGAUUUGGCUAUUAAAUCUAAAGAUCAUUUUGAUGAUCUAGCUAAUUUUGCAGAUAUCGAGCCCAUACCUACUGUAGUUCUUCGAAUAUUUUGUGAAGCAAUUAUGAGAGUCAGAAAUGAUUAUUUCAACUUCCGAAAAGAUCAUUACAAAAUUGUUGACAAUGUACAUUACAUGGUUAAGUUUGCAAAUGAAGAAAAUGCAAUAACCAAAAAACCAUUAAAAGAAAUGUUGAACUCCAAAAAAUCUGUUUGUAUUGUUGGCGGUGGGCCAGCAGGUUUAGCAGCUUUAAAAAAUUUUGCUGAAUCAGACUCCACGUUUAACUGUACAUUAUAUGAAAAAAUUGACAGUUUAGGAGGAACUUGGGUUUAUACAGAUAAUGUAGAUGUUGAUCAAUAUGGUUUACCUGUGCAUUCGAGUAUGUAUAAAAACCUCAGGACAAACUUGCCCAAAGAAAUCAUGGAACUUUGUGACUUUGAACACAAAAAUGUUGGUAAUCAAUGCUAUUUUCCAAGCAAGUACAUGGAAAAUUAUAUAAAUGAUUUUGCUGAUCAUUUUGAUUUACGAAAAUAUAUUAAGUUACAUCAUCAUGUGGAAAAAAUUAGUCCUGUACAUAAUGAUCAAUGGGAAGUAACAGUACUCGAUCUAGAAAAUAAAAUUAAAAGUAUUAACACUUUUGAUUCAGUCAUUAUCUGUGUUGGUAAUUAUAGUAAUCCUGUUUAUCCAAAAAUAAAAGGCAGAGAAAAAUUUUGUGGAAAAAUAUUACAUAGUCAUAGCUAUAGAGAUGUUGAGUCUUAUAGAGAUAAUAAUGUUGUUGUUGUAGGAUGUGGUGCAUCUGGUUUAGAUAUAUCAUUUGGUGUAUCUAAAGUGGCUAAAAAAGUAUUUCUAAGUCAUCAUAACCCUAAAAUGUUCAACCUAAAUGUACCAUCUAAUUACUUCCAUAAGACAGAUAUCAAAGAACUGGUGGAAGAUGGUGUAAUAUUUGUUGAUGGUUCUUAUGAGCAAGUAGAUGCUGUUAUAUAUUGUACUGGAUACAGCUAUACCUACCCAUUUUUAACACCAGAAUGUCAUAUAAAAAUUGAAAAUAAUGUGAUUAAGACUCUUUUCAAACAUAUGGUUAAUAUUGAGCAUCCAACCAUGGCAUUUAUUGGAGUUCCUAGAAAUACCACAGGAUUUUAUCUGUUUGAUUUCCAAUCAAAAAUAUAUAAAAAAAUCUUAGAAGGGUCAAUGAAGUUACCUUCUAAAGAAGAAAUGUAUAAAAAUACGCACGAAGAAGCUGAAGCUCGACUUGCUAGUGGUCAAAGAGAAAAAGAUUUUCAUCAGCUUGGUAGAACAAAAUGGGCAAUGAAUUAUUACACAUCAGUUACUAACUUAGCUGGAGUUGAACAUCCACCUCCAGUACUACUACAGAUUUAUUUUGAUGGACUCGAAAGACUAAGUCAAGAUUUUUUGAACUUUAGAAAUGAUACUUAUAAAAUUUUAGAUAAAGAGCAUUACACAGUAAAAUAUCAUAAUAGUGAUGAACCUAUAGUAAAAAAACAAGUUUUGUAUACUUUUUAAUUAUGUAAUAAACACCUUAAGUUUUAUUUUAUUUUGUAAAUUGGUUACAUAGUUAUCAUAGAAAAUA